GUCAGUAUGGAAACCCUCUAAACAAAUACAUUAGACAUUAUGAAGGAUUAUCUUACAGUGUGGACUCCUUACACCAAAAGCACCAGCGUGCCAAAAGAGCAGUCUCACAGGAGGACCAGUUCUUACGUCUGGACUUCCACGCGCUCGGAAGACAUUUCAACCUACGAAUGAAGAGGGACACGUCCCUGUUUAGUGAUGAAUUUAAAGUAGAAACAUCAGACAGAGUACUUGAUUAUGAUACCUCUCACAUAUACACUGGACAUAUUUAUGGUGAAGAAGGAAGCUUCAGCCAUGGCUCAGUUAUUGAUGGAAGAUUUGAAGGAUUCGUCCGGACUCGUGGUGGCACAUUUUACAUCGAGCCGGCAGAGAGAUACAUCAGAGACCGAGCUCUGCCCUUCCACUCCGUCAUCUACCAUGAAGAUGAUAUCAACUACCCUCACAAGUACGGGCCCCAGGGGGGCUGCGCGGACCACGCGGUGUUCGAGCGGAUGAAGCGGUACCAGAUGACGGGGGUGGAGGCGGCGGCGCAGAAACCGCAAGAAGAACAUGCUCCGAAUGGCCCAGAACUCCUGAGGAAAAAGCGCACGACUUUAGCUGAAAGAAAUACUUGUCAGCUCUAUAUUCAGACGGAUCACCUCUUCUAUAAGUACUACGGAACCCGGGAAGCUGUGAUUGCCCAGAUAUCCAGUCAUGUUAAAGCAAUUGAUACAAUUUACCAGACCACGGACUUCUCUGGAAUCCGAAACAUCAGUUUCAUGGUGAAACGCAUAAGGAUCAACACAACUGCUGAUGAGAAGGACCCCACGAACCCCUUCCGAUUCCCAAACAUCGGCGUGGAGAAGUUCCUGGAGCUGAACUCCGAGCAGAACCACGACGACUACUGCUUGGCCUACGUCUUCACGGACCGAGACUUCGACGACGGCGUCCUGGGUCUGGCUUGGGUAGGAGCGCCUUCAGGAAGCUCUGGCGGAAUCUGUGAAAAAAGUAAGCUGUAUUCUGAUGGUAAGAAGAAGUCCCUGAACACUGGAAUUAUUACUGUGCAGAAUUACGGGUCUCAUGUGCCUCCCAAAGUCUCUCACAUAACCUUCGCUCAUGAGGUUGGACAUAACUUUGGAUCUCCACAUGAUUCUGGGACAGAGUGCACGCCAGGAGAGUCUAAGAAUUUGGGACAGAAGGAAAACGGCAAUUACAUCAUGUAUGCCAGAGCAACCUCGGGGGACAAGCUUAACAACAAUAAAUUCUCACUGUGCAGUAUUAGAAACAUAAGCCAAGUGCUGGAGAAGAAGAGGAACAACUGUUUUGUGGAGUCUGGCCAGCCCAUCUGCGGCAACGGGAUGGUGGAGCCGGGCGAGGAGUGCGACUGCGGCUACAGCGACCAGUGCAAGGACGAGUGCUGCUUCGACGCGAACCAGCCCGUGGGCAAGAAGUGCAAGCUGAAGCCCGGCAAGCAGUGCAGCCCGAGUCAAGGCCCCUGCUGCACGGCACAGUGCUCGUUCAAGUCCAAGGCCGAGAAGUGCCGGGACGACUCCGACUGCGCAAGGGAGGGGGUCUGCAAUGGGGUCACGGCCCUGUGCCCCGCGUCUGACCCGAAGCCCAACUUCACGGACUGCAACAGGCACACGCAAGUGUGCAUCAACGGGCAAUGUGCAGGCUCCAUCUGCGAGAAGUACGACCUGGAGGAGUGCACCUGCGCCAGUUCUGAUGGCAAAGACGAUAAGGAGCUAUGCCAUGUCUGCUGCAUGAAGAAAAUGGAGCCCUCCACCUGUGCCAGCACAGGGUCUGUGCAGUGGAGCAGGCACUUCGGCGGCCGCACCAUCACCCUGCAGCCCGGAUCUCCAUGCAACGAUUUCAGAGGCUACUGCGAUGUUUUCAUGCGGUGCCGACUGGUGGAUGCUGACGGCCCUCUAGCCAGACUUAAAAAAGCGAUUUUUAGCACCCAGCUCUAUGAGAACAUCGCCGAAUGGAUUGUGGCAAACUGGUGGGCCGUGCUGCUCAUGGGGAUCGCCCUGAUCAUGCUGAUGGCCGGCUUCAUCAAGGUGUGCAGCGUGCACACGCCCAGCAGCAACCCAAAGCUGCCGCCUCCUAAACCACUUCCAGGCACUUUAAAGAGGAGGAGACCGCCACAGCCCAUGCAGCAGCCCCAGCGCCAGCGGCCCCGGGAGAGCUACCAGAUGGGACACAUGAGACGCUGACUGCGGCUUUGCCUUGGUUCUUCUAGUGCCUACAGUGGGAAACUUCACUCCAAAGAGAAACCUGCUCAGUCACCAUCUCCAGAUCGAACCCUCGCAAGUGUAGCUGAAGGCAGAAACGGCAAGAGAGAGCGCGCGCUCAGACCAGGCGGGAUGGCUGAAAUCUAAAGCCUGCAGAUCCCGGUCGGGGGUGGGGUGGGAAGGAGCCCAGCUUUCUUACGGACAGAUAUUUUUAACCCGUGGCACGCAGUCUUAGAGUACUGUUCGUGCCCUGUGCUCCCUGUUCUGCGUUGCUGCAUUUUCUUCACUUGCAGUCAAACUUGGCUCUGGAUGAACUUUUAUCAAAAUUGAAAUAUAUAUAUUUUUUUCAACUGCCAGUCAAGGCGUGGAGGCUCAGCCACCUGAGCACCGGAGACUUCGCUUGCCAGUGUACAUACCUUGUUCUGUGCAGACAUGUAUCUCUUACGUGCACUGUACUUCUGUGUGCAAUGGUAAACAGAAAUUGCAAUAGGGAUGUUUCUUUGUAUUAUAAGAUUUCUCCGCUCUUAAUGAAAAAUUACUGUUUAAUUGACAUACUCAGGAUAACAGAGAACGGUGGUGGUCAGUGGUCCAGGAUUCUGUAACGCUUCACGCAGGCGGUUGUGAGAUGAGAAUCAAUGUACCUUCUUCUAAUGACAGUUGGUUCUUAGGUCAUUGCCCUUCAUCCGGCGUCUGUUGUGUGUGAGGCCGACGCCACGCAGGCGGCGUGGGCAGCGUCCUCCCUGGCUCUCCGUGCAAACGUCGGAGUUCUGCUUCCAUGGUUUACGCCCUCCGAUCCAGUUCCAUUGUUUGAAUUGACAGGUGAAGUUUGACUCAUGUUUUGGUAGGAAUUACGUCAGUAGGUGGUUCUUUUUAUUUGUAGGUCACUUGUGUUUUCCACAUAUCUAAAACAUGCUCACUGCGUUUUGUCUGAUGUGGAAUAGAAAAGCUGUGUCUUUAUCCAAGUAUUUGCAGUUUUUUCAGCACUCCGUCACUGAUCAUUGGAAACCACUAAGGAUGCGUGGCGUGCUCAGCCAGCCGUUCAGGUUGUAGCUAGGCGUCUGACAUUUUUGCCCUUAAAUAUUUUAACCACAGUGAAGGUGAAACAGCACAAUGUCCCAUUCCAAGUUUAUUUUUUAAGCAGAUGUAAAUAAUUGGCUUUUUUAAAGAAAGAGAAAGCAAAAUAUUAACAGGUUUAUGUGCUAUGCAGGAAACGGAAGGGGGCAUUACAGAACAUUUUAAGCUUGUGACAUAUUUAUUGCUUCUGUUUUCCAGCUACAUUACUUACAUUAGAAGUAAACAGUAUGAUUUUCCUGGCUUCGCAUAGGAGGCAGAUUUAGGGGAAGUUGAAAUGAUUUCUGUGUUUUGGAUUUUUUUCCUUUUUUCGUAAGAGUAUAAGGUUUACACAAUCAUUCUCAUAAUGUGACGCAAGCCAGCAAGGCCAAAAAUGCUAGAGAAAUAAUGGGACCUCCUCCUUGUAAACUUGUACAGUAUGUGGUGACUUUUUCAAAACACAGCUUUUUGUACAUGAUUUAGAGACAAAUUUUGUACAUGAAUCCCCAGAUAGAUUAUAAAUAAUUCUAAACAAGCAAAUAGAUAGAAAUGUAAGAAAUUGCUUUUAAAUCAUUUCAAUGCCUUUGUUUUUGGACUGUGCAAAGGUUGGAAGUGGGUUUGCCUUUCUACAAUGGUGACUUUUAUUCUGCGAGAGUUCUUAGUAACUUCUUGAGCGUGGUAGACUUUGGAACAUGUACAUUUUUUGCUUGUAAUGUUAUCCUGUGGUAGGGUUUCGGCAGGUGUACACUGCCUUAUUUUAUUUUGAGUCUUAAGUUAAAUGUUUUCUGAAAAGAUACGUGCACUGAACUCUUUCCACUGCAAAUCAAGAUGUGGUAAAAAUGAAAAGAUCAAGACAAAUGCGAUCUAAUACUACUGUCAAUUUAAUGUCCACUGUGUUUUAUACAGUAUCUUUUUUGUUCACUUUGGAAAUUUUUACUAAAAAUUGCAAAAAAUAAAGUAUUGUGCAAAGAUGUAAGGUUUUUUGAAACUUGAAAUGCAUUAAUAAAUAGACUUGAAAUCGGC